CGUGGAGAGGGGCCGAAGAGGCUGCUGGGAGCCGCCAUUUUGUCGGCGUGCGCUGGCCGUGGGGAGCUGCCGGCAGCCGGUGCUGGAAGGGACGGGCGAUGAGCCGCGCAAUGUAAAUACUGGAAUUUGUUCUAAAGAUGGAUGUAAAAUAGAGAUGAAACCACCAGUAUCUGCUUUGAUUAAUCUGUUACUGAACUUGGUCUGAUUGGAUACUAAUUUUUCAGAGAAAAACUACUGAGGAGCUUGUGUAGCCCCCAAAGCAUAUUGGCAGACUUUUAUGGAUGGAGGAAGGAAGACAGGAGAGCUGUGCUUAUGAAGAGAUGACGUGUAACGGUCCAGAUAACUCGGAAGCUUCUGCCACUCCAGACACUGGCAGCGAUCAGGAAUGGGCACAGGAAGACUACCGGCUAGGAACUUUUGUUGAAUUUCCCCUUGACUGUCCGGUUCCAGCAUCGGCACUAGCACGAGCAGGCUUUGUUUAUACUGGAGAAGGUGACAAAGUGAAGUGCUUCAAUUGCCAUACAACUAUUGAAGGAUGGUUGCCUGGAGAUUCUCCAGUUGAGAGACACAAAAACCUUUCUCCAAACUGCAAAUUUAUUACUGAAUCUACUUAUCUGGAAAAUAACAUACACCCUCUCGCCCAGAACUACCAGCGUAGAACCGAAAAUGGUCCCAGCAAUUCAGCCCUCCCAUGUACUUUGGAUGACUCUUCUGAUGUGGAGGCAGAUUACCUUUUGAGAACUAGACAGGUUGUGGAUAUGUCAGAUAGUUUGUAUCCUAAAAACCCCACUAUGUGCAGCGAAGAGACAAGAUUAAAGUCUUUUCACAACUGGCCUCUCAAUAGCCAAUUGACACCAAAGGAAUUAGCUAAUGCUGGGUUUUAUUAUACAGGUGUUGGUGAUGAAGUGGCAUGUUUUUGUUGUGGUGGAAAGUUGAAACAGUGGGAACCCGAUGACAGAGCUUGGUCAGAACACAAGAGGCAUUUUCCCAAAUGCCUUUUUGUCCUGGGUCGGGAUGUUGGAAAUGUUCCAAGUGAAUCCAUUCCUGCUGAGCUUGGAAGAAGUGGUCUGAACAAUGCACAGCAUCCAAGGAAUCCAUCUAUGGUGAAAUUUGGAAGACGUUUACAAACAUUUUUAACUUGGAUAUAUCCUGUUGACAAGGAGCAACUUGCUGAAGCUGGAUUCUAUAGCGUAGGUAAUGGUGAUCACGUUGUGUGUUUUCACUGUGGUGGAGGACUGCAAGAGUGGAAGGAAGAUGAUGACCCAUGGGAUCAACAUGCCAAAUGGUUUCCUGGGUGCAGCUUUGUGAGAAAUGAAAAGGGGAUAGAAUUUAUAAAUAAUGUUCACUUAAGAGAUGGAUAUAGAGAUUCAACAACAGAAGCUGCUGAAGGGACAAUACCUCCUAAAGAUGAUCUCUUACAGAAUCCUUUGGUACAAAGUGCCAUAGACAUGGGUUUCUGUUUGUCUGAGAUUAGGAACACCAUGGAAAAGAGAUUGCAGAUGUCUGGAGAAAGUCACACAUCUGUUGAGGAUCUGGUAGCAGACUUAAGUGCUCAGAAAGAAAACACAAGGGAAGAAGAACCAAAUGAAAGCCCAGUUGAGCAAGAUGAGCUUAUUCGAUUGCAAAACCUCUAUCUCAGUACUGAGGAGAAGUUAAGACGCUUGCAGGAAGAAAAGCUUUGCAAAAUCUGUAUGGCUAAAGAUAUAUCAGUUGUCCUCAUUCCCUGUGGUCAUUUAGUUGCCUGUAAGGAAUGUGCUGAACCAUUUGAUGACUGCCCUCUGUGUCGAACAAAUAUUAUGAAAAAGCAGGAAGUUUUUAUGUAUUAGUGAAGUAAACAGCACUGGGGACACAAAUGUUUCCUGCCGUACUGUAAUCAUACAGCAGGUUUUUUACUUUUCUGCUGUCAAACUUGACAUGCAGUUUAACCUUCUCCGAAAUACUUUCCUCAACUGAAUUUUUUGUAUGCAGAAAAUCAGUAUCAAAAGGCAAAUAUGUACAUUCUGUAGCUUCAUUUUAAAGAUCUGAUUUGGGAAAGCCUGAGUAAAGCAAAGCUUUACUUAUGUGAUUAUUCCUAUGCUUCACUUUAGUAGGACUUCAUAAAACUGAAGUUUAUGAAAUACAGUUGUAUAAAAAGUCUAGCCCUAAAUAAAAUCUGUAAAUAAGUGAGUUUAAAUUAUUAUAUACAUGUACAUUGAAUUAUUUAGCUUCUCAAAAAUGUUAUGUAAAUAUCUUAUUUCUAUACUUUUGCUUGUGACAUAAUUCAGAGAAUAUGUGUAAACCUGCUGCUGCAAUAUUUCACUUUUUUUGCUACUGCUACUCUGUAAGUUUGUCAGUCUUGAUACAUAAAUCCUGCUUACAUUUUUUUUGUUCAGAUGUAUAAUUUGGCUUCAGUAAACUAGUUUUAUCUAUCCAUUUUGCACAUAAAAUCCUUCUGCAUAUAAAGUGCACAUUAAUUUCAUUCCUUUAAAAGAGAACUCAACAGAAAUGAGAUUUAACAUACCUUGUGCCCUUCAUGAAAGGAGCCACCUGACUUUAAAAUUGCCCUCUACACAGAAAAGUGUUCAUUGUUUGACUUCUUUUUCUUGUGUUUUUGUAACAUUCAGUGUUACCCUGGUCAUUUAUAUGCUACUACUUUUGCAGUGCUUGUGUUUGUCUGUUUUUUGUAAGAGAAUAUUCAGUUAUUUCCCUAUGUUUUUUUUUAAUUAACCAGUAGAGUUAGAAAUCUUUUACUUCUGUUCUUACCAAUUUGCAGUAUUUGAAUUACAAAGUUUACUGAUGACUGUCAGAAUUCUUAAACUAUUUCUUACUGUACUGAUCCUUAAUUCUCCAAUUAAAGUAUCAUAGCAUUGUAUUCAAGUACAGCUGGUUUACAAUCAUUCUGCUUAAUUAUGUGACUUCUUCACUUUGUGGAGUUAAAAUAUUCUCUAUAUAUUUUUGAGUCCCAAACAAUAAGAGAUUAAGAAUAUGCAGAAUAUAGUUUUUCACAUGAUAGAAGGUUUAAUAAUCCAGAACACUAAAAUCUAAUGUUUAGUUGUUGUUUUGUUUAAAGUAUGUGCUGUGAUUAUCUGAUGGUGUAGGGUUAGGAAUAUUUAAAAUGAAGUGAGUGUGGCUCAGUUGUUCCUUGAUCAGCACAUUUGAUCUUCACUUUAAUAAAAAAAAUCACAACAGAA